AUGAAGCUCCGUUACUCCAUCAUCGGCCUACUCAUGUUCAGUGGCAUCGGUCUGGCCGCGGAAGAGACUGAAGCCGAAGUACAAGUGUGCUGUAAGCCGACGAAGGGUUGCACAUAUGCUGGCUUGGGUGGUUAUAUCUGCGAUACUUGCAACGAUGGCACACCGGCGACUCCUUACUGUGGGUAUGGACAGUGCAACGUCUUUGGAUGCAACUGCGAUGGCGGGUGCCGUUAA